AUGGUUUACUCGAAUUGUUUGAGAUGUGGUUGUUAUUGCACCUUUGUUGAAGACGAUGUUUUGGUUGCAUUGACGCGGGAAGAAGAAGCUGAUGUGGUAAUAGGUGCGAGAUGUAGAGCUGAUCGAUGGAACGUGUUGAAGAACAUCGAGAAAAAUGCAGAACUGGAAGAUUCAGCCUCUGAGUCGUUUGGUGAAUGGUUGAGUUCCAAGUGGCCAGUAGGAUUUGUGUUGAAGCAGUGUGAAGAUUAUGGUGAAGAGGUAAGGUUAAACUGUGGGAUUUCGUGGAAGACAUAUGAAGAUUAG